AUAUUACUUUGAAAAUUAACUUGGAAAAGUGAAAACUUAAUUUUUUCAGAGAUAUUUAGAAAAUUUUACAAGCCCUGUGAUUGGGUUUGAUGCUUGUGCAUUUUAUUACAUCACAAAUUAGCCUCAAAGAAGUCCAAUGACUGAUGGACCCAUAGAACAAAUUAAAAAGUUUGUAUUCAAAAGCCGUUCACGUGUUAAUGGUGAUACGCAAGGCGAAACAUUAGAGAUUUUUAUACCUGAGUUAUUACAAGCUAGUUAUUCGUUCUAUACUUGGCCGUCAGCAUCGGUGUUAGCUUGGUUUUUAUGGGAACAUCGACACGAAUUACCUAGGAAACGAAUUUUAGAACUAGGUUCAGGAACAUCUUUACCUGGAAUAAUAGCAGCAAAAUCUGGUGCAGAAGUAACUUUAACUGAUUCAGCUACUUUACCCAAAAGCCUUCAGCACAUUCAUCGCUGUUUGGAAGUUAACAAUCUAGUGCCAGGAAAAGACGUUCGUGUAUUAGGAUUAACCUGGGGUCUAUUCUUACAUGAAAUCGCAUUACUUGGUCCAAUUGAUCUGUUAAUCGCAUCCGAUUGUUUUUACGAACCAUCACUUUUCGAAGAUAUUCUAGUUACCGUAAGUUAUAUUCUCGAACAGAACACGUCCGCAAAAUUUGUGUUCACCUAUCAAGAAAGAAGUUCUGAUUGGUCUAUCGAACAUCUUUUAACCAAGUGGGAUCUAAAGUGUUGUAUUUUAAACACAAAUAGCUCUGAUUCUGAUUUUAACGUUAGCGAAAUCUCCGGCGACCACUCCAUACAUUUAUUUGAAAUCACUCGCAUCUAA